AUGCAAGUGUGCGACGGCCAAGCCCAGUGUCCCGACGGCUCUGACGAGAAGCACUGUCAGUCACCAAAUCCUACUGCCACCUCCUCUGACGAGCUCAGCACCAGAUCGACUCCUCUGAAGUGCCGCAAUGGUUUUAAGCUGUGCGACGACGGGCUGGAGUGCGUCAUGUACAGCCACUUAUGUGAUGGAGAAAAGGACUGCAAGGAUGGGUCAGAUGAAGAGGGAUGUGCUAUUCAGUGUAAAGCAGGUGAGUUCCAGUGUUCUCAUGGGAAAAAAUGCCUCCCACAAGAGCGAGUGUGUGACGGGCAAAAUGACUGUCAGGACCGAUCUGAUGAAACUGACUGCUCAGUUAUGAUUGAGGGCUGCCAUCAGCGCUGUGAUAAUAAUACUCGCUGCAUACCAAAGAGCUUCCUGUGUGAUGGAGAGAGAGAUUGUGCUGAUGGGUCAGAUGAGGAAAACUGUGGUUUGGUGUCCUGUGCGGAUCAUCAGUAUCGAUGCGCUAGCGGUCAGUGCAUGUCUGAGGCACUGAGAUGUGACGGAUAUGCCGACUGCAGUGACGGCUCUGAUGAGAUUCACUGCUCGAGGCCCCCACGCUGCCUCACACAACUCCAAUGCCCACAUACUCAUGAGUGUUUGCAGAAAGAGUGGCUCUGCGAUGGCGAGGACGACUGCCAGGAUGGUUCAGACGAGAAGAACUGCAAUGCUCCUCCAGCAAAGUGCUUAAAGUUCCAGUGGCAGUGUGGAGACAGCAGUCAGUGCGUUCCUCUGUCAUGGAGGUGUGACGGGAGGAAGGACUGUUACAAUGGCAUCGACGAGGAAAAAUGUAGCCAGAAAAUAUGCCCUUCUCAUCUUUACCAGUGUGGCAGUGGAGAGUGUGUGGACACUAACCUGGUGUGUAAUGGCAUCACUAACUGUGCUGAUGGGUCAGAUGAGGGUGUGAAUUGUGUGCAGCGCAGCUGCUCCAGCCCAUCGACUCCCUUAUGCGACCACAACUGUGUCAGCACACCGUAUGGUCCGAAGUGCUACUGUGCUGCGGGUUUCAGACUGAUGUCCAGAGCCACACACUGUGUGGACAUCGAUGAGUGUACAACAGCACCUCAUGCCGUAUGCAACCACAUUUGUCGGAACACCCUUGGAUCCUACAGCUGUCAUUGCCACCCUGGCUUCUACCUGGAGCCUGAUAACAAAAGCUGCAAGACGAAAGGUGCACCCUUGCUUCUGGCAUCAGUGCAGUCAGACUUGUUCCUGCUGGGAGUUCAUAGCGGCACGCUGCGUCUCCUCACCUCUACUAGUCGACCCGCCUUCUCACUGGAUUAUCACUGGGUUCAACAAAGGAUUUACUGGCUGAGCACUGACUACCAGAGCAUCCGCUGGGUCGACAUGAGAAACCCAGACAAAAGAGGAAACCUGGUCAAAGGUGUGAAGUCGGAUUUUAUCGCAGUGGACUGGGUGGGUAAGAAUUUAUACUGGGUGGAUGGCCUGGUUGGUCAAAUUCUGGCGGUGAAACUCAGCAACACCACAGUGAGGUCUCAGGACUGCACUGUGGUCCUGGGAGAAGAUUUGGAGCAGCCAAGCUCCUUGGUUCUGCUGCCACAUAAAGGGCUGAUGCUGUGGUCUGAGAUCGGCAGCACGCCUCAGAUUAAGCAGUCUGGGAUGGAUGGUUCCGAGAGGAAGGUGGUGGUGAGCCACAGUUUGAGUUGGCCAGUCAGUUUGGCCUAUGACCUCCUAGAUAACAGAGUGUACUGGGCAGAUGAGAAACUGCGCUGCAUUGGCUCAGCCUCUCUGGAUGGAGGCAACAUCAAGAUCCUUCAGUUGGCUGAAACUCCAAACCCUUUCUCAGUGGUGGUCUUCAAUGAUCGUGUUUUCUGGUCUGACACAAAGAGAAGAGUCAUUCGCUCAGCUGACAAGAACACUGGGAAAGACCAAAAGGUUGUUCUGAAGAGACCGGGACAGCCAUUUGGGCUAAAGCUGAUGCAUGCCCUUUCACAGCCAGCUGUGCCCAGUCCUUGUGACCAUCUGCGCUGCUCCCAUAUUUGCCUUCUGGCCCCCCCGGUGACAGGCAGAUCUGCAGUAUGUCGAUGCCCGAAGGGUCUGCUGCUUUCCAAGGACAACAUCACCUGCUCUCGGCCCAGGGAUUCAUCUUUCAUCCUGCUCCUGUCUCAAAACACAAUUUACCAGAUUUACUUGCGCUCCUUGCGAAGGGAUGGUAUCGCCCUGAAAAAAAUGCCAAACAGCCGAGUCUUGGCCCUCCCGGAUAUAAACGAAGCCAUGGGGCUAGAUAUCUCCACCCAGGAGUUGUAUGUGGCUUAUGCGGGAUCUGUGGAUGUUCUGAAAAUGGGAAGCUACAGGUCAAGACAAGGACUCACACCUGCUGGACAAGUCCUAAAGCUGAAGGAUGAUUCGGUCAUGGCUCUGGCAAUUGACUGGGUGACCUCUAACCUCUACUGGAGCAGCAGCUCAAGGCCCAACAUCCAUGUGACAUCCCGCAGUGGUGGCUACACCACGUCUCUCCUGCAAGGAUCACUGACGGUUGCCACAUCCAUCGCGUUACAUCCCUCCUCAGGUCGACUUUGCUACACAGCAGUGGUCAUGGCAGGUGGGAGGAGCCUAACGGAGGUGGUCUGUGCCUGGAUGGAUGGCCGGAACAAAGCAGUGCUGUGGGGAAAGUCGAGAAUCCCCAACUCCCUGGUGUUCGUUAAUAAUGGGACCAGAAUCUACUGGGCUGACACUGAUGGAGUGAUCAGCUCCAUUGGAGUGGAUGGUUUGGGAUAUAAACAGUUUAAGGCGGGACCUGAUCUGAUUAUGUCCUUGACAUAUACUGAGAACAUCCUGUUCUGGGUCACACAGGGAAAGGAUGUGACCAAACUGUGGUUCAGUGAUGGCCUCCAGCCUAAACAGUUGUGGUUUGAGACAAAGACCAGCGUGGUGGAAAUCAGAGCUCACAGCAAUGACACCCAGUCAGGAAGCAAUAGCUGCUCCAAAAACAAUGGAGGGUGUGUCCAUCUGUGCCUGGCCUAUCCCGGAGGUAGGAUGUGUAAAUGUGGGCGUGGCUUUUACACCAUAAAUGUCACUUCUUGUGCCCCAAUUACCUCCUGUGCCCCUGGAGAAGAAUCCUGCUUUGACCACAGCCAGUGUAUCAGCAGCAGCAAGUUCUGUGAUGGACAGGUUGACUGCCUGGACCAGUCGGACGAACAGGACUGUCCGACUUCAAACCCUGCCUCAUUUGGAACUGAAGACACUGAUGGCCACCUUCUGCAUUCGUCAUCAUCAUCUACCUCCAACACCGACAAGAACUCUGUCUCAUUUCAAGACUCUGCCUCCUGUGAUCUGCAACGCUGCAGUAGUCAUGGGAACUGCAUUGUGGAGGGUAAAGUCACUCGCUGCCAGUGUCUGUCUGGUUACAAAGGAGAGUUCUGUCAAGAGGAAGAAAGGCAAAGCCAUGUCGGGGUGAUCCUGGGUGUCUUCUGCCUCAUUGCAGCGCUGAUAGUCGCCGGAUUCAUUUUCACUAAAAGGAGAGGAUGGGAGCUCAUCAGAAGCAGAUCCACAGACAAGGAAAAUCUCAUGGCCAACAUGGGUCUAUCGAGUGAUCUAGAGUCUGACUCUGAGGAGGUGGACUCCCCAGCUGACGUAAACCCUCUGGCACAGCUCGAUUAGACUACUCUACUCUGCACUAGCUGUUGUGCUAGCUUUAUAGCAACCUGGAAAUUCUCAGGCCUCAUAUGUAA